AAGGGAGUUCUGAGGCUGUUUGAUGGAGGCCGUGAUAAAGUCGCCUGCUUUGGCUGAGUGAGAGGAGCGCCCAGCGGGCGUGGCUCAGCGAGAGCCGCAAGGUCCCGGGCAGAGCAGCAGCGAGAGCUGGGAACAAGGAAGGGAAGCCGAAUCGGAAGGUGGGGAGGGGAAAGGGAAUUAAAAAACACACACACAACACACACAAAUGGGCAAGGAAACGGGGACAAUGGAGAGCGCGGUGAAGUUUGAGGAUGACGAAUUUUUAAAACCGAUCAGAGUGCUUCCGGACCGGGAAGGAACACCGCCCGAGGAGAGGGGGCACCACAAGCGAGACCCCCACGGGGUAAACACUCAUGUGAAGGUUUGUUUCGAAGAUGUGAUCGCAGAACCUGCUGCCACGCAAAGUUUCGACGGAGUCUGGAUUUGCAGCCACGUCUCGUUCGAGUUCACUAAGUUCGUGCUGUACAAAGUGCUCACUCUGGUUCUCGCCAUCCCCCUCGCCUUCGUCAUUGGCAUUCUCUUCGCAAUCCUAAGUUACAUCCACAUUUGGUUUCUUAUGCCCAUUGUGAAGACAUUUAUGAUUAUCCUGCCCUCCUGUAAAACCAUCUGGAAAACGAUCAUGGACAUGUUUGUUUCUCCUCUGUAUCAGAGCAUUGGACGCUGCUUCUCUGCCAUCAAUUUGCGCUUCACUCGAGCUUAAGAAAAUAAGAAAAAAAUGAUUGGUAAUCAAAGAGGACAACCGUUACACAAAAGAAUUUCUUCCAGAUGUUAAAAAAAGACUAACAUUAGCUAUUCUUCUAUUUUUCAUUCCAAAUACACUUCUUCAGAAAACGCUUGACAUCUUUUUUAAAAGUAUAAUACGCACUUUUACAAAUAGUUUAUUUAGAAACAUGCAUACUAUAUAAUUUAAAUUUUCUAUUAUGCACCAGGAUGCACAUUGUCUCUGGUAAUAAAUAAGGAAGGUUUUACAAAGAUAUUGCUGUGCAAUAAUUACAUUUUGUAUUAUAUAUGCCCUCAAUACGGUUUUGUUAAAGCAAAGUCUGAUCAUUUAAAAAGAAACAACGAAACAACUCUAAACUUUUUGAGGUUUGUAAAUAGAUUUAUUCAGUAAUUAUUCUGUCAGUUGAAGAUGUUGCAGGGCAAAGCUAGAUAAAUAUUAUUUUUACAAUGGCUUCAGGUUCAACAAUAAUUGUGUUGAGGCUGUAUUGUUUGCAAAAUUAACAAGAUUUACAUAAUAAUCAAUCAUAAAAAAAUCUUAUGGUACAUAAUAUAUUUUCAAAAUACUUCCCUAGACUUAACCAAUAUGACGAGGGACUUGUGUAGUUUGUAUACUUACCUCACUAGCUGGUGCGUUGCUUAUCUAUUAGGAGAAAGUGAGGACUGCAGAUGCUGGAGAUCAGAGCUGAAAAAUGUGUUGCUGGAAAAGUGC